GAUCCCAAAAACUACUUGACUUACUACAAAUGGGCAGCAGUUUUACUUGCAAUGGGAAAGUCUAAAACUGCUCUCCCUGACCUUAGCAAGGCAAUUGAACUUAAACCUGACUUUUUGGCAGCACGGCUGCAGAGAGGUAAUAUUCUGUUAAAACAAGGAAAUACUCAUGAAGCAAAGAAAGACUUUGAGGAGGUGCUGCGUGGUAACCCACACCAUGAAGAGGCUUGGCUACAGCUGCAGCAUAUUCAAGAGCUAGAUCAGUUAAUCCUAGAGGCAAGAAAUGCGUAUAAUCGGAAGGACUGCACUGCAGCUAUCACCAUCAUGGAGAGAGUAAUUGAGGUUUCUCCCUGGGACCCUGAAGCCAGAGAACUCCGGGCUGAGUGCUACAUUUCAAUUGGUGAGCUACGGAAAGCUAUCCAAGACCUCCUGCCCACUACAAAAUUACGCAAUGACAAUCGUGCUGCUUUUCUUCAGCUCAGCAGACUCUACUAUAUUCUAGGAGAACAUGAAGAUUCCUUAAGCCAGGUACGAGAGUGUCUAAAACUAGAUCAGGAUGAUAAAGAAUGCUUUUCUCACUACAAACAAGUGAAGAAACUGUCUAAACAGUUGGAAUCAGCAGAGCAAUACAUCGCUGAAGAAAGGUGAGUGCUAACCUUGGAUGUU